ACGGCGACCAUGUCCCUCUAUGGGUCGCGCAGAUGUCUCGACAUCGCUGGACGCAUCGCUGGGGGCUCUAGCGUACCUGCUCGUACCUGGUCUACUGCCUCAUUCACACUGGUCAUUCAGCGCCGGUGCUACGCUAACCCUACCGGCGCUCAGAAACUCAAGGAAAGGCCUGCUGUCAAUGCGAGUCCACCUCCUUCCACCUCACGGACGUCGGGAAAGGCACAAAAGCCACAGGAUGCUGCGAAGGAACCCAAAGAGACGGAACGUACAACCGAGGAGGAGCUUCGGAACGUCGAGACCCUGUAUCGGAUGUCCGAGACAAAUCAGGUCGACGUAUCGUCCGCACCUCUUGAUCUUCUCGACGUGAUCAUCCCCUCGUGGAAGUCGCAGAAGGAGAACGCGACUCUCGCCGAUCAUUGGAGGGCGUUCACGCAGACCCAGAGGAAUUGGUUUUGGAAUGCACGCUCCCUCUAUCUGAUGGCUCAGACCAACUCAAUACCUGGUGUCAAGGUCAAGUCUGCUUGGUCCAGACAGCUAUUCUCUACCUCCUCGACAAAACCCGACACGUGGCUCGCACCCUUCCGCCAAGCUGUACUGGAGGUCUAUAAGCAGGUCAACGAGGCUGUCGCAACCCGGGACGAGAAGACUUUGAAGACCUUGACUGCCGGUGAGCAGCAGAAAGCUUACAUGAAGCUCAUCCGGUCCCAGGACCCACGAUUCGCCAAUGUCUGGAAAUUCCACGGAGAGCGCAGCCCUGCGCAGGUAGUGAGCAUCAGGGCGAUUGAAGCUUACUAUGGGUCGACGCCGCCACGAAUGGGCAGCCGGCUUGCAAUCCAAGCUGUUGUUCGCUUCGACACUAUGCAGAGCGUAGAGUCCUACUCGAAAAAGACUGGCGCUCGCGUUGGCGCAACGGAGCCCAAGCCUGUUGUCGAGUAUCUCGUCUUCCAAAAGCGAAUGUGGUAUGACUCACCUUGGAUAAUCAGAGAUAGACUCUACGAGGGUCUAGACUCGCGAUUGAAGAAACCGCAGAUAUAAUAUACUCAUUGUCUAACUUCAUCGUCUCCCGCCCGGACUCUUGUGCCAUCCUCACCGCGUCUGCUUUGAUGUAACGUUUCGCUCGGCCCUGCCGUGGGCUUCGCGAUCAGCGCUCGCCAUACUUUGCUUCCGGCCCUUCGCCGGCCUUCCUAAUU